GUGUUAUUUGUUUUUCGCGUGGGUAUGUUGGUAGUGAACCGGUCGUGGUGAAAAGAGGUUAUGGACGUGUAACAAGCUGUUUAUUUUGGUCAUUUAUUCACCUAAGUUUAAUCCUUUAGGCUGUUGUAAAAAAUGCGUGGAAAUCGUUCCAACCGAAGAGCCAGGGGGCGAGGACGGGGCCGAGGGGGGCGAGGAAGAGGAAGGAACAAGAAGGCGUCAAAGACUAUUGAGAGUGAUGACGAAGAGAUGCCAAUGCCAUCUGGAGAGGAUAUGCCAGAAGAAAAUGAUGAACAACCAGUGCCUAAACAAGUACAGGAACAGCAACAAUUGGAUAUGGAAGCUGACAUUUCUCUCCUCGAGGCACCAACCUUUACAACAUUAAAUAGAGGCCCCCCUGAGCCUAUGCUUAGAUUGAACUGGGAUCAUCGGGUAAAUCUUGUCGGAGAAAAGGUUCUAAAUCCAAUGAUCCAUUGCUGUGACCAAUGUAACAAACCUAUCCUAAUCUAUGGUCGAAUGAUUCCUUGUAAACAUGUAUUUUGCCUGAAAUGUGCCAAGAAAGAGGAGAAGAUUUGCCCUCGGUGUAAUGACAAGGUUCAUCGAGUGGAACAAGUGGGGCUUGGUACAGUGUUCAUGUGUGUUCAUGGUGGCUCUAGAUAUGGAAUCGUGGGCUGUCGACGGACGUACCUCUCUCAGAGGGAUUUGCAUGCUCACAUCAACCAUCGUCACACAACAUCAAGUACUGAUAUCAGCAGUUCACAGUUCAAUUCACACAUGAAGGAGUCAUCUUCAAUUGAGAAACUAAUGACGGUCUCUGGACCGGGAGCUCUUUCUUCUCAUCACUCAGUUUCUCAUCCUUCAUCCCAUUCUGUUUCUCAUUCAUCGUCCCAUCCUCCCCCUUCUGCUCAUUCCUCGCACUCUGUGUCUCAUCCCUCAUCCCAUUCUAUGCCUCACCCCUCCUCCCACUCUGUGCCUCAUUCCUCUUCCCACUCAGUGUCACAUUCCCAUUCUGUUCCCCACCCUUCUUCCCAUGUGCAUCCACCACCCCAUGCCAUUUCCCAUCCCUCCUCUCACUCCAUGUCCCAUUCACACCCUAUUUCGCAUUCCUCUUCACACUCAGUGCCUCAUUCUGCUGCUCCACCACAGUCAAGAGGGAAAAGUGAUAGAGGCCAUGAUGUCAACCAUCACAGAAGUCGCGGUGGCCCAUCUCCACCACCACCCCCUCCACCACCCUAUGCUCCAAUGCAUCGUCCGCCUAUGAUUGUGGCGCCCCCAGGCUAUGCACCAGCAGCACCUCCACCCACACAGCAUACUCAGAAUAGCAUGCGGACUAACUUGAUUACAGUGCCUAUUCAGGAUGUGGAACCGCCGCAAAACACGUACCACCACCAUUACAGUCAGCCCCCUCCGACGCAGUACAGCCAUUCGUAUGCAGUGCCACCCCAUCAACCGCCCCCUAAUUACUAUCCUCCAGUGACUUAUGCACCUGUAGUGCAGCCGCCCUAUGUGCCUCAAGGGCCUCCUUCGCAGGGUGUGCCUCCACCACACCCCCAGCAGGGUGUGCCUCCAGGAAUGUCAGUGAGGCCUCCCCACUACCAUGACAACCAAUAUAGAGGCCCGCCACCCCCAGUGGCCCAUGGACAGCAGUGGCCAAUUAACUCGAGUAAUCCCCCACCCACAUAUUACCGCUAAUUGCAUUGAUGCAAGUUAGUCAUUCUGUGGGGUCUUAUUUUUGACGUGGAUCAAUUUAUAGUUUUAUUUUGAAUUGGAAUUUUUUCUUUUCUUGGGUCCCAGAUAUUAUGUCAUGUGAAGUCGUUCGACAUGUUAUUUGUAAGGUACCUUCUGUGCAGAGUGUUAAUGGUUUGUCUCGUUAUUCAGUCUUCUACAGUGAUUGUGUGAUGAAUCUCUCACUUUUUUUAUGCUACUGUAUGUUUAACUGAACCUUGUCACAAACUUGGCAAUCUGCCCAUUUGGCACUGAGAUCACAAUUAUUGUAUAUCAUUUUAAGAUGAACAUAUAGUUAAAUUUUAUUACAAUUUUGUUGCUUUUGUUAUGUUGUGUAUGUCAAAUUAGUGCAAAUAUUCAUUACGGAGUACUAAAUCUAAACCUGCUGUACUUGACUGAUAUGACAGCAUAUUUUUUUCUACCUUCUAAUUGAAAAGGGCUCAUCCCAUGUGAUUGAAAUCCCUGUCCUUGUGAAAGAAAAUGUUGAUUUCAUUUCUUUCUUUCUUUCUAUAUCUUUUCAAGAAUGUCUUGAGCAAAAAUGUGUUUAUGUAAUCUUUUCGCAAGUAUUUGUUCAUCAAAGAUUCUGAGGUGCUUUAAAUUUUAAAAUGUUAUGCAAUCAGUAGCAUCCUAUUUUGCCAAAAAAAUGUAAAAAACCAAUUUAAUGUGUCAGUACUGGUUGUAUACGACUUAUUAAAUUGUUGGUUGUUGUUUU